AUGUUGGUACUUGGUUUACUACUGAAAUUUGCACUUGUACAUGUAUGAUCACACCUCUAGUUUUUUCCAGGAGCUAUGUGAUGCUUGCAAUUGCAGGGCUUUCCCCCUCUAUAUUGAAGUGUAGUCCUGUGGCUUUGAAUUGCAAUGAGCGUGGUCUUGGUCUUACAAACGGAGCUCCAGAACUAUAUGGAAGCAGGCUACAAAAAGUUUGUGAAAGCUAUGUUGCUCAGCUGCAACUGUGCCAGGUAAAGGAGAUGGUGCUAGCCCUUUUGCGUGAAUCAGAGCUGGCACUUACCUAUGAUGUUAUUGAAUCAAUCGCUGACAAGACAAUGAUGAAGGCAGCUUUAAAAGGAGAUGGAAAAAUUGAUCAAGAAGAGUGGAAGGAAUAUGUGGCAAAACAUCCAUCUCUUAUAAAGAAUAUGACUCUUCCAUAUCUACAGGACAUAACAAUAGCAUUUCCCAGCUUUGUGCUCAACACCGAAGUUCAAGAUUAGAUAUGGUUGCAUGGUAAAGAUACCAGAGUACCACUGUAGCAAAGCCUUUUCUCCGUGGAUGUCUCAACACAUCUAGUAAUGAGGCUCCAUGUCCGAGGGCCGAGGCAGCAGUACUGGCACCGGUUGAUUGAGACGGUUGAUUGAGAGGCAUCAGCCACAAAUAUAUAUAUGGCAAUGGCUCCGGGUGGAUCAUAAUGAAUCCUCCAUCGGUCUCAGCCUCAGGCACAACAUCAACCCACGCCUGAGUACGGUACAAAGAAAUUAGACGCAUGCACAUUCAUUAACACGAUUUGAAGGAAGAAACAAUUGAAUGGAGAACGAGAUUCUUGAAUGAAGAAUCUAGCAACAAAAAAUAUAGAAGUCAUGGUUAAUCAAGGAUUCAAGGGAUCGCCAGAACAAAAAAGAAUGGAGAACGAAACUAUAUAGAUCAAGCAGAUCUAAUUUAUCAUAAGUUAUUAACUGAGCGAAUAACAGAUACUUCGAUCACUUGGUAAACAAAACAAUUGGAUUUUAUAAGUUUCUUUCACCGGAUCGAUCACCUUUACAUAGAACAAUUUGAUGAGAAAAAGUUGAAAAUGGCAUAAAGUUUUCGU